UGUGCAUGCCUGAACAAGGGUGGAAAUGCACAGCAGAAUUUAUAUUCGAGCAAUAAAACCUGCAUUUAGAGACACAAAUUCUAACCAAUCAGACUAAAUAAAUCAGCGGGCCCGGGUUUUAUCAUCACAGAUAACCCUCAUUAAUCCGGGCGAGCUCUUCCCGAAGACAAAGCACAAAAUGAAUUGCUUCGUUUGCGCUGCCUGAACGGCAUGCUAAUGCGCGGAGGCGAAAGGCAUGAAUUAUUCACGCCGCAGCCUGCGCAGGCAGAGCCUGGCUUUGCCUGUUACCAUUGCAACAAGUGGCUGCCGGCCCGGCCGAGGCCGUCGAGCGUCUGGAGCGAAGCCGCCGGGCGAGCACAAAUAUGCCUUCCGGAGAGGGGAGACCUGCGGUCCUCUGCUGCGCCCGACCCAGCCCCGUGGAUUUUAAGGAUAAGCCCUGUGCAGGAUGGACCCAGGAUGCCCAGUCUUUCGUAACUCAGGUUUACUUCACCAUAAACUCCUGCUCUUGGAAGAAGACGUGCUGCUUUGCAGUGACACAAAAGCACUGGGGCAGUAGCAGCCACAGGACGUUCACAGGCCUGCAGAGGGAGAAUGCUGCAGAGGGAAACUCAAGCUCCACAAAGGAAUCUCCAGCAUCACAAAAUGCAAAAUUGAUUUCACCCAUGGUCAUUUCACAGGUGACUGAUGAGAAUAAGUCAAAAGAAAAUGGAUCGGCUUUGCCAGCGUACGUAGGUGCUUAUCCGAGGAAGCAGUCUGUGGCUGACCAUGGUUCGGUCGAGGUCCAUAGCGCAUUCACGUUGCUUCCCGGCAGGUUACGGAUUCAGGCAUCUUUGGAUGGUGCUGUGGCUCGACCAGGCUCUCGCGUCGCGGAGGAAGACCGGUGUCCAAACCAGCAGAGAGGAUUCGCCUCCAUAACCGUUACUGCUCGGCGAGUCGGUGGGCCCUGGAGCGCCCCAGCACUGGGGGCUCAGCCCCGCGGGGAUGGCGACACACGCGCCAACGUCAACGCUGCACCUACCACGUUGAGCAAGGCCGGACCCGCUCCCCAGGGCACACCUCUUCCAAGCCAAGGGUCUCGUGCAAACCGCAACGUCGCCGACUUGAAGGUUUCUGAAUCAUGCUCAUGGUUACGUGAGGAGCCUCCAGACCGGCUUUGCAACUCUGCAAACAAAGAGAGCAGAGGGGUUCUUCGAGGCAGCGGUCGGAGAGAAGAAGUACCACCUUCGUUCACCUCAUGUGUUCAUCUUCGAGUUUCCCCGCAGUGUCCAAACACUAUCUAUUACUUAGACAAGUCACUCCACGUGCGCAUUGACCAACCUCAAAUUGAAUGCCAAAAAGUUCACAGAUCAGCAUUGUCCUUCCCUGUAAAUUGCAGUUCGUCUAGAUUAACAGCAGAUGGAGUAGAUGGCAUAGCUAAUGGAGAGCCAUUAGCGGAGAUGCUCAAGUCAAAGCUCCUAGGAGAAAACAAGACUCCACUCAGAGAAAGCUGGAGUGCAGAUUUAGUAGAAAAUAAUGUAAUUAAGAAGCAGACAACAGAUGAGGGCUAUUUGGGUACAAAAUGCCCAUUCAAAAGUGUCUUUCUCUCUCAACUUCCAGCAUUUGUGGCUACACCCAAAGGACCUAAUAAUGUAAUAGCAAUAAAGAAAGAAGAUAAUAAAGAGUGUGGCAGCAAUCGCACUACGUUUUCUAUCCAGCUCCCUAGCCCAAGUUAUGAGGCAGGAACAGGGAUGUUCUCUGGAAGCAACACGAAGCAGCGUGCCACGGGCGAGGGCUGCACCGCUGCCCCUGCCUCUUGCUUGCACCCAGCGUCCGCCUCCGAUGGCCCGUCAGCGGGGCGAGAUCCCUCCAGAGGCACCUCCGAAGCCAAAGAGAGCCCACCACCGUCCUUCCUGAAGCCAAAAGUGUCCCUCUCCGAUAGUAUGUGCAAUACAAAAACUCUGUCAAGAAUCGUCUUGGAAGCAAAUGUUCACGGGCAAAACCAGUUCCUGAAAGGUGAUUACAAAUUCUGUGGUUCAAAUGACAAAAUAAAGGAGCCUAAGGAACGGGCUGAGCAGGAGGGAGCCAGCGGGGUAACACUAUCUGCAGCUCACUUGCCAGAUGUUGCUCCUGAGAAAAAAGACGCGCUCCCCCGGCCAGGGAUCUGCUCGGAGCCUGAGAAAAUUCCACCAAGCCCACUGACUCUGAGGGAAGCACUAGAAAUCCAUAAACCUCAGUUCAUUUCUCGUUCAAGAGAAAGGCUGAAAAAACUCGAACAUAUGGUGCAGCUGCGGAAAGCCCAGCACAGUGAUGCUCCGGGAAGGAAACAGGGAGCGCUGCUUGUUCGCAAACUUUCCUCAACAUCCUUUUCGAGCAAAAAGAGGCAAUAUACCAUUCCUCACCCGCUCAGCGAUAACCUCUUCAAACCAAAGGAAAGAUUCAUCCCAGAGAAAGAGAUGCAUAUGCGAUCUAAAAGGAUUUAUGAUAAUUUACCUGAAGUAAAAAAGAAACAAGAAGAAAAACAGAAACGGGUAAUCAUCCAGAGUAACAGAUUGCGUGUUGAGAUCUUCAAAAAGCAAUUACUGGACCAGCUCCUUCAAAGAAACACCGAGUGAGAAAGGUUCCUCUUGCUGAUCAUACUAAUUGGAUCUUGAAUGCCGUUGACUGUUAGAUAAGCCAUAAAAUUUACUGUUAUCUUAAUUACUCGGAGGUAUUUUUCUUAUCUUUGGCGCUUUAUAUAAAGAAAGAUCAUUUGUGUUUCAGUUGAAAUUUAAAAGUAACUUUCAAGUAAUCAAAAACAGUCUAACAGGGAACACAGCUGUUUCAGAGCAUCAACUCAUGGUCAGUUUACCCAGAGGAAAUAAUUUUAAGAAUUUUUAAUGCAAAUACUGAAUUACAGCGGUAUUAUUUAUCUUAAUCUUUUCUAAAGUAUACAUCUCUGUAGCAAUAGAACUGGCUUUAUAAGACCUGGGAAACUUAUUUCUCCAAAGUAUUCUAUUAAUUGAUUUCCUGUGAGUUAAAUCCUUGAACUAAAGAAAAAUGAACAUCAUUAUUUGUUAUGUUUAGAAACUAGCUGAAAUAGCAUUACCACAUAAUCAUGGCAGCAGCAGUUUCACAUUAAUACUUAACAUACCAAAAGGGACCAAUAUUUUAGCUCUCUGAAGAACUCUACUCCUGUUUAUAUAGUGAAUCUGUAUAGCAAGUUUACCUGUUAAACAGCAAUAUUUAAAAACUUGGUUAUAACAUUUUUCACAU